AUGGAGUUUUGUCCUACAUGUGGGAACAUGUUGCGUUACGAUUAUUCAAAAUUCGCCUGCUCGACAUGUCCAUACAUCGCCCGUAUCGAAAGACAGGUAGAGAUAAAGAAGAAGCAAUUACUGGUUAAGAAAUCCAUAGAACGUGUUGUGACUGAGGAAGAUAUACCAACAGAGGCUGAAACCGAAGCUCCAUGUCCAAGAUGCGGCCACAACAAAGCAUACUUCAAAUCAAUGCAGAUUCGUUCAGCCGAUGAGCCAGAAUCGAGAUUUUAUAGAUGCUUGAAAUGCAAUCUAACUUGGCGCGAGGAAUGA